AUGGAUAAAGAAACGGCAUCUAUUGUUAGUAUAGUUUAUGCUCAAUCAGAAAUUCUUCAAAAAGAAGUUUUUCUUUUUGAACGUAUUGAUACAGCUGGACAAAAAUCAUUAAAACAUUUAAGUGCCAUUUGGUUUUUACGACCAACAGAAGAAAAUAUUCAAGCAUUAGUACGUGAAUUACAUGAAUCAAAAUAUGGAAAUUAUUUUAUUUCUGAAGUUGAUGAAUUUGAAUGUGUACGAGUUGUACAAGAAUAUUAUGCAGAUUAUUUAGCUAUUAAUCCACAUUUAUAUUCACUUAAUAUUUCAAAUACUUAUCAGCAAAAUUACAAAUGGAAUGAUAACUUACUUCGUCGAGCAGUUCAAGGUCUUGUUUCAGUAUUACUUUCAAGUACUCUUAAACGUCAAGUUGAUUUUACAGCAUCAAAUCCAAAUGAUAUUAAUCAAACAAUUGUUUUAAUUAUUGAUCGAUGA